CACUUUGUAUUCAUGGAAAAAUAUAAUUCUUCAGAAAAUUAUCAUAAGAAACUUUCAGAAAUUCCAUUAAAUAUAGCAUUUAAUACAGAAAGUAAAGAAAAUGAUAAAUUUUAUAAAGAAAAAACAUUCACCACAGAAAAUUCUUUAAUGAAUAAUAUGGAUUUUUUUGAAAAAUCUCAGGAAAAAGGUAUACCAUGGCUAUGUUCUUCAUGCUGUGAAACAUUUCCAUCUAAUGAACUAAUGUAUAACACUACAGAAAAACAAGAAGCUUAUUAUUGCAAAAACUGUCAUCUUCAUCUUUUAUCAAAAAAUAAAAAUAUAUAUCCUAACGAAAUAAGUAAUAACAAUACUACUUCUCAACAUCAAGACAAAAAUCCUCAAGAGCAUAGAGAAAAAAUAAAUCAUUGUAUUAAUAUCCUAGACAAUUUACAAACCGAGCUAAAUAAGCAAUCUUUCAGUGAAAACUGUCCUAAUAGUAUAGAAAAUCCAGAUGAAGUUUCAUUAAAAGAUUCUAUUAAAAACAAUUAUCCAAUUAUUGAUAAUCUAACACCAAAAGUUAAUAUUUCACAGUCUUGUGCUCUUAUCCCACAAGGUUCUAUGAAAAAUUCAGAGAUGUGGAAAUUACUUAGAAAAAAAAAAAGAAAUUCUUUAAGUGUCCGUAAACAUAUAGAAAAUUUUGUGGAAGUAAAACGUUCGCAUAAUUCAUUUAAAACAAACAUAAUCGAUGUUUCAUCCGAAUCAUCUAAUUUUCCAGAUAAAAUAGAAAAAGAAGAAACAUUAGAAUCAAAAAUAUCAUUUAUAACACUAUCUGAGGCACAAACAAAUAUUUCUCAGGAAAAUAUCCCUCCUAUUUUGCCAUCAACUAAAAAUUAUAAAAAUAAAUUAUUUUUAUCGGAUCAUAUUAAAUUUGAGAAUAAUGCUUUAUCAACUAUUGAUUACAAUUCGUUUUCUGAAAAAGACACAUUUUCUAGACAUUUAAAGGACUCAUUAAAUAAUGACAAACAGCAGUUUUUAUGCUAUUCUUGCAAAAUGAAUUUAACAGGUACCAUAAUUCAGAUUACAAAAGAAAAAAAAUACCAUGAAAAUUGUUUUAAAUGUAAUAUUUGCAACAUUUUUAUCAGAAAAAAUGAAUAUAUUUUUUACAAAAACAAUAUUUGCCAUGAGAAGUGUAUGCUAGAAUUAAAAAAUAGCUUUUUAUCAAACUCUAUAUCACCUAAAAAAGCAUUAACAUCUAAUACAAUAUCAAAUAUAAAACCAUUAAAAAACAAUUCUUCAACAGAAGCAUUUUCUGUAAAAAAAAAGUCUCUUCCAAAGUUUGGAGGAUUUGAUAAAUGCGCAAGCUGUAGCGAAUCUAUAACUUUUCUUGAAUCAUAUCCCGGUCCCAAUUCUACUAAAUGGCAUAAAAAAUGUUUAAAAUGUAGCGGAGGAUGUGGUAAAAACAUGGAUUCUGGAUCAUUAAAUGAAAUUGAUAAAGACGGAAAAAUGAAGGUUUAUUGUAGAUUUUGUUGGGAUACUAUUAAGAGAGGAAAAAAACCAAUCGCCAUAUCUUUAGUAAUGAGUAAUACUUUGCAAGAUUUUAGUACUUUAGAAGAAAAUAGAGCUUAA